AUGUUAGUGGCAAAAAAGAAAAGGACUCGGAGGUCAAAAAUUAGCGGUUCUUUGAAUAAACGGAAUACAACUGAAGUGGGUGAAAACAUCGUCUUGCACUUACCGAUGUAUCAAGCAAACGAGAUGAGUGAGGAUAAACCAUAUGUAAUUAUCAAUGAAUUUACUAUCUAUGAUCAGCAGAGCAACUUAGUUCCAAUAGAAAUGUAUCUUUGUAAAACUAAUAUAACAUUGUACAUGUCUGGAUGUAUAGAGCCAGGGCAUAAGAAGGACCCUUACACUAUGCACAUAAGCAGACGGAUUAAAACAGGCAAAAUACUCAAAUGGGUCAUUCGCGAUUUGCCUGGUCCUAAAAGAAGUAUAUCUAUUAUAAUAACAACAAGUUAUGGGUUUUAUGAACUUCAAGAUCCUAGCAGACGUUAUGCACCUAUAAUGGGGAGGACAUAUGAGAAGAUAUGGUUAAGUCAAUUAACUCUGGAGUAUCUACGUGAGAAUAUAGAUCUUGAUCUGACCUAUGGCGGAUUGCUUUCUCACCUUAGUGGGGCAAAAAUUGGCCAAAUUGGGAAAUUUUCUGAAAUGAUGUUGCAUAGACAUGCACAGUAUGUGUGCACACAGGUUAAUUUCUGUAAGCAUAAUAUAAACAAUCAGUCUCUUUUGAAAGCACCAUGUAUGCAGCAUUUGAUGCACAUUACGGGUGUGAAAUGUAGAAAAGCAGAGCUAUCUGUAACAUUUGGACAGUCGAAGUCACCUAACAAAGUGAUCACCACUCCCUUAAUUCAGAGGAUAUUUGAGGAGUUUUUACUUGACAACCCGGAACCUAUGGAGAAAAGGCAACGCUACAAUUUUAAUUUACUUUUAUGCAUUUUAGUAUGGUCUGAAUUUCGCCAAUCCCGGCAAAGUCGCAUCUACAAGGUUGUAAAGUGGAUAGGUGAACCAAUUAAACAAGACAAAGAAAAGAUAUUUUACGAAUCCGUUACUGUUAAUGGGGCUUUUCUAAAGAUUGGGGAUUACGUCACAGUGGAGCCGGUUAACCGCCGUUUACCACCUUUGGUGACAAGAAUAGUAUCGCUGUGGAAGUAUAACAGGCUUAAGGGAUUCUUCCAUGCUCAGGUGUUUAUGAGGUCUAGAGAUACUGUGCUAGGGAAUACUGGAGAUCAAUGGGAAGUCUUUCUCACAGACCGAUGUUGCCACAAUGUGCCUUUAUCGUCCGUGAUACAUAAGGUGAACGUCAUAAAAGUAAUCUACCCAGAUGAGUGGUCAAGUCUCGGCGGUUUACAGGAAUUGAUCAACGAAGACGAAGACAUGGAUGAGUACGAAAGUUACUAUUGCUCAAAAUAUUACGAUAGAUUCACCUGUCGUUUUAUUGACCUACCCUCAGAUCCUAUAUGCCUUGACUCACAACGCAAACACAGUUUCUGUCCCUCGUGUGAAAGAAAAACUUUGAAAGAACUUCAGGAGAUCCCUGUAUUGUCCACUAGAGGAAGUACUAGUGUGAUAUGGAGAAACCACAGUUACGAAAAGGGAAGCGCAGUAUUUUUGAAGCCCGGCACAUUCAAACUUAAAAAUAACUAUAAUUUAUGCCACGAGAAACUUAAAGUCCAGUUAGAAAAAGUAAACGAGACAGAAUACCCUGAGUAUUAUCGCAAGAACAGUAAGAACAUACGCGGCUCUAACUUUGACACCGCAGAGCCAUUCUGUGUGGGCUAUAUAGAAGACGUUACUAUUGGCCCAGGGCCCAAACAAAUUUUCUUAAAGGUCCGAAUACUGUAUAGACCUGAGAACACAAACUGCCGCUUUCCUCAGUGUGAAGACUUAAAUCUUGUAUACUGGAGCGAUGAUUUUUUUUUUGCUCCGUUCUCGGCUGUCACAGGACCCUGCACUCUUGCUUAUGCUAUGAAUAUACCUGAUGACAAUUGGCUGGAAGCUGACCCGAGCAGGAUGUACUUUUCCGGAGCGUACGAUCCAGCCACUGGUGAAUUCCAAAAUGUACCAAGAGAGGCUUGCCAUAUUAGGCCUCAGAUAGAAAGUCCACACUGGGAACGUCGACCAUUGCGAACACUGGACUUAUUUGCCGGUUGCGGCGGGCUAUCUCUCGGUAUGCAUCAGUCGGGUGUCGCUGAUUGCACGUGGGCUAUAGAAAAAGAGGACGCUGAAGCGAAUGCGUAUCUCCUUAACAAUCCGCAUUGCAUGGUAUUCCAAGAGGACUGUAAUGUUCUACUGGACUGUCUGUUGAAAGGGAACUUUAAUAGCUCCUUGGAAACGCGACUACCGAAGAAAGGAGAGGUGGAAUUAAUAUGUGGUGGGCCCCCAUGUCAAGGCUUCUCUGGCAUGAAUCGUUUCAACACCGGCAAAGUUUCCACCUUCAAUAACUCACUAAUAGCGACGUUCCUGUCCUACUGCGAGUACUACAGACCAGCGUACAUAGUUAUGGAGAAUGUGGAAACUAUGGCGUCCUUUAAAAAUGGCAUUGUGCUAAAGUUAACGCUUAAAGCUUUACUUAAAAUUGGCUACCAGUGUACAUUCGGUGUACUGCAAGCUGGGAACUUCGGUGUGCCGCAGACGAGGCGUCGUUUAAUAAUAUAUGGGGCCGCCCCAGGGUUCAAGUUGCCAUUGUACCCGGAACCGACUAACACGUUCAACAAGCGAGCUUGCAACCUCAGCGUUGCAAUAGAUCGAAAGAUAUUCAGGACUAACGCGUGGAAUUACUCUGCACCUAGACGCACAUGUACCAUACGUGACGCUAUAGACGAUUUGCCAGCUAUACAUAAUGGAUCCAAUAAGAUCCUUAUGAAUUAUGAUUUGGCACCGCAGUCUCCGUUUCAGCGUCUGUUCAGGAGUGGCAUGAACGAUGAAGUGACGAACCAUAUAUGUAAAAGGAUGUCCCCCCUUGUGCAAGCGAGAAUUUCGUUGGUACCCUUAUCUCCUGGGUCUGAUUGGCGUGAUCUGCCGAAUAAAGUUGUCCUCUUGUCGGAUUUUAGCGAAACAAAAGUGCUCAAGUAUUGUUAUGAUGAUAUAAAAAAUGGUAGGGCCUCAAAUGGUAAUUUGCGCGGUGUAUGCCGAUGCGCAACUGGUGCUACUUGUGAUCAUGAAAGACAGGAGAAUACCCUAAUACCGUGGUGCCUGCCUCAUACAGCUAACCGUCAGGGCAACUGGUCGGGUCUAUAUGGGCGCCUUUCAUGGGAAGGCUAUUUUAGUACAACCGUGACAGAUCCAGAGCCGAUGGGCAUGCAGGGUCGAGUCUUGCACCCUGAGCAGAAUCGUGUGGUCUCCGUAAGAGAAUGUGCUAGAUCCCAGGGAUUCCCUGAUUCAUACAGAUUCUGGGGGACGAUCGCCGAAAAGCAUAGACAGGUCAUAAUCAUAUACUUUGUCUAUACGGUUCGUCCCGCUGCAGUCACAUUAGCUAAUCUUUCUGGUGAAUAUUUAUAUAGACCUGGUUUAUUUUUAUUAUAUCCGUUAUACCGUACUCCUGAACCACCUACAUGUGAUACAUUAUUGGUGCAUGGCCUUCGUGGUGGUGUCUUUGUGACAUGGAGACAAAGAGACAGAACUUGCUUCAAACCAAUAGGGCUUUUAGAAGUAUCUAUUACAGAACCAGAAUGUGAUCCAUGUAAAGAAAAUGAAACCGAAGCAAAGUAUUAUGAUCCUGAAUUACAGCAGGUUUUGGAUGAUAUAAUGGAACUUGAAGAAGAAGCUCUUCUAUCAAAUUUUGAAGUUGUCUUACAUGACCUUCCUAUAGAUGCUAAGCGUGAACCAUUAAACAAAUUUACUUUUACAGCAGACAAGAAGAUAAAUGCUUUAAUACAAGAAGAGGAGGAUAGGUGCAACUAUACAUUUUGCUGGCCCAAAGAUUGGCUCCCAAAAGACUGUAAAAAUUUGAGAAUUUUGGGUAUAAAUUAUUGGACUUCUCUGUCUGAAUGGCUGGAGCACUGUCCUUUGCAAAAUGCAGAUAUAUCUACACGAGCUUCGGAACUAAUACCAAUAUUAGUUGAUGCUGAUGUUGGGAGAAGGAAUGUUGUUUGGUUAACACACUCUAUGGGCGGCCUUAUUGUUAAACAAUUGCUCAUACAAGCUUCAGAAAGUGGAAACCUUCUAUACAAACAAUUAUGUGAUUAUACAAAAGCAAUAGUUUUCUAUAGUACACCUCACAGGGGCAGUGCACUUGCAACAAUGCCGAGAGCCGCCGCUGCUAUAUUAUGGCCUUCUCAAGAUGUGCAGCAAUUACAGGAAAACUCCCCAUCCUUACUUAAGAUACAUCAAGAGUUUAUAAAAUAUGCAGAACGGUAUGGAUGGGAGACAAUAAGUUUUGCAGAAACACUUCCAACCCCAGUGACAGCAUUUAAAGUGCCAAUUCAUUUUGUUGAACCAUUUUCAGCUGAUCUUGGAAGAGGGAUUUUUUACCAAUUACCUUUAGACCAUUUAUCUAUUUGCAAGCCAGCUACGAGGCAGUCAAUUUUAUAUACCACUGUCUUAGAUGUAUUAAGGAGAGCAAUUGCUGCAGAUUUAGAACUGCAAAACACUAAUAAUUAUAUCCAACGUUUUAUACAUUUCCUAUUUUGGACUGCAAGAAGUAAACUUAAAACAAUUAUUGAGAUUUUGGAUGAAACUCAAAGUUUUGAUAAUGCUCAUGACUUUGAAAAAGCUUUACUAUAUUCCUUCACAGAUGAUUUCUUUGAAUAA